AGUUAUGGAGACGUGUAAAGCCUUCUUGUUAAUAAUGACGUGCAUCUGACGUGAGAAUAUAUCUAAUGAGCCCGUUUGCUUUAUUUGUUUCUACACCCUUACUCGAGCAGAAGUGACUGUCUUCAGAUAUCAGCACCUCGGACAGACACAACGCGGCUCUCACACACCGCGGAGGAGAGCUCAGAGCCGGGGUGGAACACAGGACAUGGGGCUCCCCUGGCACGGCCCCCCACUAGGUCGCAUUGAGCUUUAGUUUGUCAAUGGCAUACUAACAGUAGAGGAAUGCCCUUGACAGCAGUCUAUGCAGAGUUGUUUUCAGCAUGACGGCAGCCCCGGACACUGAGCCAUCAGCGGCAGACUAGGUGGCUAAACAAGUCUAAACCCGUGCAUGUUUCACCAGAGUUGAAGACUCCUUGACAAAACACAGCCUAAUACUUUAGGUCUUCAUACUACCAUGGGGAUAAGGCACCUUUUGUUGCUGCUCAUAUACCUGGACCCUCUUUGCGCGCUGGGCGCAGCUACAGGCGGGAAAAAAACCAAGCAGGUGCCCCCUCGAAAGCCUCCCAAAGCCACCGCGGUGCCCACGGCUGUCCCGCAGAAGACCCCGCCGCUGCCGCCCACCAGCAACCACGACACAUGCCUGGGCUACUACGACGUGAGCGGGCAGUAUGACAAAAUGUUCGAGUGCAACAACACGAACCACCGGUACUGCUGCGGGACGUGCUACCUGCGCUUCUGCUGCGAGUACAAGAAAGACCGGCUGGACCAGAAAGCCUGCAAGAAUUACCAAACACCGCCGUGGGUUCAGACCGCGGUCCCGUCCCCCAUCCCGACCGGGGAAACAUAUGAUCCGAGCAUGGAUCAGACCAACACGGCGGUGUACAUCACCUGUGGGGUAAUAGCCUUCAUCAUAGUGCUGGGGGUGUCAGUCAAAGUCGCAUACGACAAAGCCACAGAGCCCCCUCAGGAGAUGAAUAUUCACAGGGCCCUUGCAGACAUCCUGCGGCAGCAGGGGCCCAUCCCCAUAUCGCAAUAUGACUGUGAGAACUUUGCAGCGAUGAACGGCUCACCCAAAGACAACACACCAGUCAGAACCUCCUCCAAGAACCACUACACCCCUGUCCACAGCUCCAAGUCCAACCACGAAAGGAUCAGUUUCCUGUCGGCCCUUUGGAACAUAAAAUGUACCCGCUUCGGAUCAAGAAGAUGUCCUCAGCAGCCUGCUGUAACUGAACAAACGGAAAGUCACAGUCUCCACUAUGGAAAGGAGAGCAGUGGAGGCGCUGACAUUCACAACUUCAUCUCCUCUGGCUUUGUGACGCUUGGUCGGGGCCAUCAGAAAGGAGAAAAUCAUUGGCCGGUACCCUCCCACAGUCACCAUGGUACCCAGCAGCACAACUAUAACCAUGUGGCUUUAGGUAGCCCUACACGCACACCUAAGAAUGCUCACCGAUCUUUGAGACGUGAAAACAAUCGGAUAAGUGGUAUCCUGACCUCGCAGACGGAGCCCUACGACCUGUCAUUCUCACGCUCCUUCCAGAGCCUGUCACACCUGCCGCCCUCCUAUGAGGCGGCCGUCAAAGCCGACCUCAACCGGUUCUCAUCCCUGAAGAAACUCACAGAUAAAGAAGUUGACGACUACUACACUCGUAAGCGCCACCUGCCUGACCUGGCAGCCAGAGGCACUCUUCCCUUGCAUGUUCUCAAACUGAGCCACGAGCAGCACAGGGAACAGCAGCAGCAACAGCAGCAACUCCAGAGCCAGCCCCCGCAGUCCUCCAUCUCCCAUGCCCCUACCCAAUCGCAGUCUUCACAACCGCAGUCCCAGCAAAGGCAGAGGCCCCAUCGUGUCCAGAGGGCCAUGUCCCAGGACCGCGUGCUGUCCCCUCAGAGAGCCCAAGAGCAGGAGUACAACAUAUCUUCUAAUGGCAUGUCCCCGUAUGGAGGCCGGAUCCUCUCAGACGAACAGCUCCUGUCCGCGGAACGUCUCCGAUCCCAGGAGCGUCUUCUUCCGCAGGACCGCCACACUUCCCAAGACCGUCUGUACUCUAAUGACCGCAUGUACACCAAGGACCGACUGCUGUCACAGGAAACGAUCUACUCGAAGGACCGCCACUACUCUCAAGAACGCCUCUAUUCACAAGAUCGCCUGUACUCACAAGACCGCCUGCUAUCCCAGGAUCCUCUGCUCUCACCAGACAGGCUGAUGAGGUCUCUGAAGCGUGGGAUGGUAAGCAGUGUCUCUGGCGGGUUUCGUGGAAGCGACAAGUCAAUGUCGCGUGCUAUAUCACACACUGACGUGUUCGUUCCAACCACGCCUCUUAUGGAUCGCUACAAGAUGACCAAAAUGCACUCCCACCCCAGUACCUCAAACAAUGGCGGCGGGGGCGGGGCCGGAGCCGGAACGGGAGGCACCGGGCACUCCAACACUUUAGCCAUGAACCAGACAGCAACCAAGAGACAGGCGUUUGCCUCCAGACGGACUCACACUAUGGAACAGCUCCACUAUGUCCCACCACACCACCAACAGCAGUCACAGCCACACCACUACCGCACAGGCAGCAAGACGGAGGUGACGGUGUGACAGCAGCCAGGAUACUAGACUGCUGCAUGCAGAAUUGUUUAGUGACAGGUUGUGGGGGGGACAGAGGUACAUGGGUACGCAAGAGACCGGAAGACAAGCGACACUGUACACUGCACACACAGGCCCAGUUAGAUAUGAAGCCAGAGAGGUUGGUAGUCGGGGAGGGUGAAUUUAUCCAGCUAACUUGCCUAUUUUUCCACUGUCUUAGUUACCCUAUUCAUCUUCAGGCUAUGGCCUCAUUCUGUGUAUGGUUUAGUGAGAAAAACCCUCAUCGGGUCUGUUCAAGCCUUUAUCAUGCCCCUUUGCCCAACAGAUCUAUUCUGUGACCUUUUCUGGAAAAUGUUAAAGGGCUUUGCAUGGGUAAACACAUAGACCGACUUCUCCGUGACCACAGACGAUCAACUAGGUUGGGCCUGUAAUAACUUUAUAAAUAUAUAAAUAAAUGAAAAAAAAAAACAUUUGUACACCCUGUCCUACUCAUAGCUCUAGUGAAACUCAGUGAGAGAAAUUAAUAUGGAUGUUGUUAGCACUUCUAUUUGGUGCCUCUCAGAUUUCCAUUUCUAAAAGUGGUUUUGUGGGUUACAAAGCACAAUCAACAAUUAAAAUGAUCUUCUGUUUUAGAUUUUGUUUUUGAAUUUAAAAUAGUGAUGGCUACCAUUUUUUGUUCUUAAAGCAAUGGCAGGUUUUUUUUUGCUUCCAGUAGACAAUUGUAAAUAAGCUAUUCUAUAAGCAGUAUAAUGGACAAGUCUGUAAUGGAUAAACUUUGUAUUACACUGUCUGUUUUCAAUAGAUUCUUAAAGAACAACUAUAAAUCAUCACUGUUUCGUGAGUUCAGAAUAGAAGCCCACUUAACCAAGGAAAAAUUAGUACUAUACUGUGUGUGUCUUUUCAAAACCGUUGGUAGGAUGAGAAGUGAAUGAAUGUGUUGUUAAUAACAGAUAUACGACUGCUCAUGUGACAUCAAAGGAGUUAAACAAUAUGGAAAUGGAUUAUAAUAGAAGGGUCAAAUAAACAAUCCAUAUUUUUCUAAACAUCCGA